AUGGCGUGGUCGUCGGAAACGCCGUCGUAUUGCGGCUGGAACGAGCGGCGUGUGAAGAACGGGAAGGGGAAGAUUGAGUUUCGUUAUUACCUCGAGAGGAAAGACGGGUGUGUAGAUCUAGCGGUUGUUGGGAGGUUGAAGAGCGAUUCUAAACGCAUGUCGUUUAGAUACGCGUUGAAGAAGAAUCGCUCCUUAUUGAAGAAGCUUAGCUCUGUUGAAGACGUCAAGGGUUGGCUCGAUUCGAUUGUUUCGGGUGAGAUGCCUCAUGUAGCAGAUGUACCAGCUACUACUAUGACUGAACAAGCUGCUGGAGGAUUCAACAUUAGCUCUUUCAUGAGUGGUAAAUAUCAGAAGCCUAUUCAUCCGACCGUUGAUUUCUCCUGGAUGGGUACUUCUUUGACUUGCAGGAAACGGCGAAGGCAUUAUCCGUCUUUCUCUCGGAAUGGUGUCACAGUCUCGGUGAAUGAUUUUGUGUAUGUUUUAGCGGAGCAAAACAAGAGACUCAUCGCAUACUUGGAGGACCUUUAUGAGGAUUCCAAAGGCAACAAGAUGGUUGUGGUACGAUGGUUUCACAAAACUGAUGAAGUUGGUGUUGUUUUGUCCGAUGAAACUGAUGACAGAGAGAUUUUCUUUUCUCUUUGUCGUCAAGAUAUCAAAAUCGAGUGCAUAGAUGGAUUGGCUACUGUCCUCAGUCCUCAGCAUUAUGAAAAAUUUCUCAAGUUGCCAAUGUCUGUUCAGCUACUACCUUUCUUCUGCCAGAAAGUAUAUGGAGAUGAUGGUAUAGAGCCUUAUGACAUCACGCAGUUACAAGGUUACUGGAAACAAGAAAUGCUUAGAUACUUGAAUGUUUCCAGUUUCAAGUCAGGUGAAGAUGCUCAGGUACUUGGCACUGACCCAGAAACAGGAGCUUCUCUUGUUGGUUUCGUUGGAACUAGAUCCAAACGGCGUCGUUCGGCUGAUGACUGCAAAGCUAGCCCGGAUUCUGUUGACGUGGAGGCUUCAAACGCUUCUAUGGGCAAGGGCGAAAAAGAUGGUUAUUCUCAUCACAUCAAAAAAGGUUCUCUGGUUGAAGUUCUUUCCCAAGAUAGUGGCAUCAGAGGUUGUUGGUUGAGAGCAUUGAUAGUGAAGAAACACAAGGAUAAGGUUAAGGUCCAGUACCAAGACAUUACGGAUGCAGAUGAUGAAUCUAAAAAGCUAGAGGAGUGGAUUUUGGCAUCUCGUGUUGCUGAUAGUGACCAUCUGGGACUUAGAACCGCAGGACGGAAGAUAGUACGCCCAACUCUGAAGCCCAGCAAUGAAAAGGAUGCAUGCGCUGUCGGUGUCGGUAUGCCUGUGGAUGUGUGGUGGUGUGAUGGAUGGUGGGAGGGGAUCGUGGUGGAGAAAGUUUCUGAAGAGAAAUUCGAAGUUUACUUGCCAGGUGAGUAG